UAUAGUUUCCACCGUACUGUUUCGUCAUCUUAGUGACCCCUGUACCGAGACCGCUGUUCUUCCAACGACACCGACUGAACUUUACCAGGCAGCCAUAAAGCAUUUCGAUAAGCAUCACUACAGAAAGAUAGACAAACAGUCCUAUGAAGAAGCAAUCAAGAAUCUCCAAUUCAGAGCAUACAAAGGUAUUGUACAUGGGCAAUUGGUCUUCGAUGAAGAACUAUUUGAUGAAGAAAUGAGAAGAUCUGGUUUGUUAAACAAUUUGUCCAACCCUAUUUUCCCAAUUCAAGCACAGUUUUGCUUCAUUCAUUUGACUAUACAAGAAUUUCUUGCCGCGAAAAACGUGACUGAAACGCAAUCCCCCGAAGAAAUUAAGAAUUUUAUUUCUAGCAAUGUUAAGCAUGCAUGUAAAUGGCAUUUGGUGCUACAAUUUAUUGCUGGAAUUUUGGGCCAGAGAAUGAAGAUGUCUACAGAAGAGUACCAGCGCUACAAAGAUUGUGUUUUGGCGUUCACAGAAAGCUUCAGAAUUGGCGAUAAUAAUAAACUUGAGCUUUGUGCUGAUAAUAACUCAGUGUUUGUGAUGAAAUGUUUGAGGGAAGCGGGCAAUAUAGAUAUUGUUAAAGAGGCUUGCGAAAAAGCUGCUAUGAAUGAUGUUUUAAGGCUAUCCUACAACCAUGGUCCACGGAUCCUUUCAUCAAGUGAGUGGGCCGCGGUGUUUUUUGUUUGUAAACAAAUGAAGGAAUUGACGGAUAUAUACUUAAAGUUACCCGAUUGGAGUGAUGAAAGUUACAUGGAAUUUUGUAAAUUGCUACAACAAAGAUGUAUAAAAAAAUUGUCGUUGAAGGCACCUGGUCUUGAUGUCACAUUAUCCAAAUUAAGAGAUCCUCCCUUGGCAAAACCUUUUUUUGAGGCACUAAUGAAAUCAAUGUGUACAUUGGACCACCAGCAUAGUGAGCUUAUUAAAUUAGAGCUUCGUCGACUUUCUACAGAUGAAAGUUUAUCAACGAUAUUAGAUUUUUUUAAGCGCGGACAUGCAAGUUACCUUGAAAUAUUAGCCCUGGAGAACGAUGGCCUAACUUCAACUGGAAUAGCCGAGAUCAUCAAAGUCCUUGACGAGAAACUUUGUCCGGAACUUAAAAUUCUCAAUCUCUCUUUGAAUAACAUUCUUGAUGAGAGUGUAAGAAUGUUGUGUAAAGCUCUUAUUAAAUGUCGCCAACUGAAGCUUACUUAGCUGUUCCUUGUAAAGUGUUUACUAACUGAUGCAUGCAUACCUUCACUAUGUGAACUAUUUAAAGAUGAAAACUGCAAGCUGACUGUAUUGGAUUUAAGAGAUAAUCGUGGUAUAAGCGACGAAGGUGUUCGUAUGUUGUGCGAAGAUGCUUUAACAACUGAGCAUUGCAAGCUGGUUGAG